AUGCCUACGUUUUUGGAGUGUCCUCACUGUCAACGCUUGUAUUCUAGACACUCUCUUGUGAUACACGAGAAGAAUUGUGUCGAGGCGAUGCACAAAAUUUUGGAGCAAGAGAAAUUGAAGAUGAUGCAGCAAAAUCAAAAACGCGGUCGCUCAAAAUCGGGUCGUCGCAAGAAAAUCCGUCCCGCCGCUGAAGUCGUCGUGGAGAGGCCAAGGACCAAGUCAUUGUCGAGAUAUAAUCAUGAGAAUAACGGAUUCCGAAUUUGCUUUGUUUGCGGUGAGCAAUACGACGAUCAAGUCAUCGAAGAGCACAAAGAGAAGUGUUAUGUUGACUGGUCGGACCUCGCGAAACCGCUAACCAUCCGCUUCCACAUCCAUCAACCCAAAACUCUCAACACGCCGAGUAUCGACGGGACGAUCGACGUGGCACGAGAGAAUAUGCGGGCGGUGCAAAGUGCCCAUAACUGUCAAAUAGUACGGUGUCGGUUUUGCAACGCCCGGAUUUCGAUUCAACACGCGAUGGGACAUCAAUGCGUUCGAUUCGAGCCGACUAUCGAGUUUUAUUGUUGA